UGCACGGCUAGCUGGGAGUGGGUAGUGGAGGUAAAACUUGCCGGAGCUAAGAGUGUUGUUCUAUUUGGAUAACAAAAUGAAACCUGCCAAGCUGCACUAUUGGAUUUUGGGUUGGUUUUUCAUGGCACUAUGUUGUUGGUGUACUUCAGAUACUUUUACUCAAAGUGACAUCCACCCUCAUGCCUGGAAAAAGCUGUACUUUGCUCAUCAUUGGCCAGUGACUGUAUGUAAGAUGAAUGCUAAUGAUUGUCAUGAUCCACCAAAGUACUGGACAAUCCAUGGAUUGUGGCCUGACAGAGCUGAAGACUGUAACAGAACAUGGCAUUUCAAUGUCACCGAGAUCAAGGAUCUUUUGUCAGACAUGAGACACUACUGGCCUGAUGUGCUUCAUUCAUCUCUGAAUCGCACUCAGUUCUGGAAACAUGAGUGGGACAAACAUGGCACUUGUGCAGCCACGCUUGAGGUCCUUAAUUCUCAGAAAAAAUACUUUGGUAAAGCCAUAGAACUCUACCAGCAUGUUGAUCUCAAUGGUUGUCUCUUGAAAGCUGGGAUAAAGCCAAGCAGUUCAUAUUACAAGAUGACUGCUAUAAAGGAAGCUCUUACAAGAUUUUAUGGUGUAACACCAAAGAUCCAAUGCCUUCCUCCAGAAGAGGGUGAAAAAGCACAAACAAUUGGCCAGAUUGAAUUCUGCUUCACCAAAGAGCUGCAACUGGUGAACUGCACAACGCGGGAGGGUGGAUCCAACGCAGUGCAUGCUCACUUGAAGCUUGGAACUUCGGAGCUGUCGGUCUGCAAUGAUACUCUCCCAACCUAUUACCCUUCAGAGGUCCAAAAUCACAAAUGAAGCCAUAGGACUUCGAAAAACUUUUUCAACAGCAACAAAGCCCACACUCAUGUAAUAUUAUGAGCCCCUGUCCACAGACCUAUAGUGAAGAUUUCUGCUAGAAAAGAGAGUUAUUUUGCUAUUAAAGAAGAGUGGUCCACAUUACGAGAUCAGCAUCUGAUCUACAGCAUGGUCUGGAUUUUUUGGCUUGCUUAUGGUUUGAAUCAAUGUUCAAAAGAGAACUGUG